AUGACUGUGGCACCAUUAGACGCUUGUUAUUUAAAAAUCACAUCAAACCCAAACCCUUCCGUUCCAAAACCUAAUAAUGAAUUAGUAUUUGGCAAAACAUUUACUGAUCAUAUGUUGACCGUGGAAUGGGAUAUCGAGACAGGUUGGGGUAUUCCUGAAAUUAAACCUUACGGUAACUUGUCUUUAGAUCCUUCCUGUUGUGUAUUCCAUUAUGCUUUUGAAUUGUUCGAAGGUAUGAAGGCAUAUAGAACGAAAGAUAAUAAGAUAUCUCUUUUCCGUCCAGAUAUGAACAUGAAAAGAAUGAAUAAAUCUGCGGAAAGAAUCUGUUUACCAAGCUUCGAUGAAGAAGAAUUAAUAAAACUGAUCGGUAAAUUGAUCGAACAAGACAAGCAUUUGGUUCCAGAAGGCGAAGGUUACUCUUUGUACAUUAGACCAACUAUGAUCGGUAGUUCAAAUGGUUUGGGCGUUUCAAUACCAACUAAAGCUAUGAUUUUUGUUAUCCUAUCACCAGUGGGACCAUAUUACAAGACUGGGUUUAAGGCCGUUAAAUUAGAGGCUACCGAUUAUGCUACAAGGGCUUGGCCUGGUGGUUGUGGUGACAAGAAGUUAGGUGCAAAUUAUGCACCAUGCAUAUUACCUCAACGUCAAGCUGCUUCAAGAGGUUACCAACAAAAUCUGUGGCUUUUCGGUCCAGAAAAGUAUGUCACGGAGGUCGGAACUAUGAAUGUAUUUUUCGUCUUUGAAGAUUCAAAAACAGGCAAAAAAGAGCUUGUCACAGCUCCAUUGGAUGGAACAAUUCUAGAAGGUGUCACUAGAGCUUCUGUGCUAGAAUUAGCUAGACAAAAUUUAAACCCAAGUGAAUGGGAGGUGAACGAACGUUACUGUUCCAUAUACGAAAUCGCAGAAAGAUCUAAAAAAGGGGAGCUAAUCGAAGCAUUUGGAUCUGGUACAGCAGCUGUCGUUUCUCCAAUUAAAGAAAUUGGUUGGGAAAAUGAGAAAAUCGAUAUUCCCCUAUUGGCCGGCGAGCAAAGUGGUGCGUUAACUAAAUCUGUUGCUGCAUGGAUAUCCGAUAUUCAAUACGGUAGAGUUCAGCAUAAAAAUUGGGUCCGCGUAGUUGCUGAAUUAUAA